UUGAUUGCAAGGUGGCUGAUUGGCAUGUGGUGGUUGAAUUUUCUGGGCCUUGGGAGGUUCGUUUGGAGUCGUUCCUAUGCAGGAAAAUUCUUUUGUAGAUAGGGAGAUGGCUACAUCUGCUUUUCUCUCUUUAAAAAAAAAAAAGCUUACAGGAUAUAGUUGGGGAGUGCGGAGCCCCUUCAUUCUUGUUUCUGCUUUUAUGGUUGCAAGAAUGGACUGUCACUAUGCCUAGCAUGGUCUCAGCAGAAUUUCUAAACAUUUAGGAUGAUUACUUACGGAUAGUAAUAGAUAAAUGUUUGAAAUUCUCUGCUUAGGAAAGGGUAGGGCCUGAAGAUGAGAGGUGGCCAUAGUGUGAACUUCUGCUUUCUGUGAAAUUUGAGAAUGGAACAGACUAGAGUCUUUCAGAGAAUCAGUGUCUCUGGAGCUGCAUUGUUUCUUUGAAUCCCUGUCUGCUAGAACAGCUUUACAAACCAAAAAAAAAAAAGCCAAAAUCCGGGUGUCUUGGGCUUCAAGUCUAAAUAGCAGAUCACAGCUGAAAUGAUAUACCACUUUGUGACAAGCAGAGUCUCCUCGGAGGGGACAUGGACAUGGGCAAUCCAGGAACCCUUUCGCCCACCAAACCUGGCUCCCAGUAUUAUCAGUAUUCUAGCAAUAACCCCCGACGGAGGCCUCUUCACAGUAGUGCCAUGGAGGUACAGACAAAGAAAGUUCGAAAAGUUCCUCCAGGUUUGCCAUCUUCAGUCUAUGCUCCUUCAGCAAGCACUGCCGACUACAAUAGGGACUCGCCAGGCUACCCUUCCUCCAAACCAGCAGCCAGCACUUUCCCUAGCUCCUUCUUCAUGCAAGAUGGCCAUCACAGCAGUGACCCUUGGAGUUCCUCCAGUGGGAUGAAUCAGCCUGGCUACGGGGCAAUGUUGGGCAAUUCUUCUCACAUUCCACAGUCUAGCAGCUACUGUAGCCUGCAUCCGCACGAACGUUUGAGCUAUCCAUCACACUCCUCAGCAGACAUCAAUUCCAGUCUUCCGCCGAUGUCCACUUUCCAUCGCAGUGGCACAAACCAUUACAGCACCUCUUCCUGCACGCCUCCUGCCAACGGGACAGACAGUAUAAUGGCAAAUAGAGGAAGCGGGGCAGCAGGCAGCUCCCAGACUGGAGACGCUCUGGGGAAAGCACUUGCUUCGAUCUAUUCUCCAGAUCACACUAACAACAGCUUCUCAUCAAACCCUUCAACUCCUGUUGGCUCUCCUCCUUCUCUCUCAGCAGGCACAGCUGUCUGGUCUAGAAACGGAGGUCAGGCAUCAUCAUCUCCCAAUUACGAAGGACCCUUACAUUCUUUGCAAAGCCGAAUUGAAGAUCGUUUGGAAAGACUGGAUGAUGCGAUCCAUGUUCUCCGGAAUCACGCUGUGGGCCCAUCCACGGCGGUGCCUGGAGGUCACGGAGACAUGCACGGGAUCAUCGGACCUUCUCAUAAUGGAGCGAUGGGUGGUCUGGGCUCAGGGUAUGGAACUGGCCUGCUUUCAGCCAACAGACAUUCGCUUAUGGUUGGGGCCCAUCGUGAAGAUGGCGUAGCCCUGAGAGGCAGCCAUUCUCUUCUGCCAAACCAGGUUCCGGUUCCACAGCUUCCUGUCCAAUCCGCAACUUCCCCUGACUUGAACCCACCCCAGGACCCUUACAGAGGCAUGCCACCAGGACUGCAAGGCCAGAGUGUCUCUUCAGGCAGCUCCGAGAUCAAGUCUGACGAUGAGGGCGAUGAGAAUCUGCAGGACGCAAAAUCUGCCGAGGACAAGAAAUUAGAUGACGACAAGAAGGAUAUCAAAUCAAUUACUAGGUCAAGAUCUAGCAAUAACGACGACGAAGACCUGACCCCGGAGCAGAAGGCCGAGCGGGAGAAGGAGCGGAGGAUGGCCAACAACGCGCGCGAGCGCCUGCGGGUCCGCGACAUCAACGAGGCUUUCAAGGAGCUCGGCCGCAUGGUGCAGCUCCACCUCAAGAGUGACAAGCCUCAGACCAAGCUUCUGAUCCUCCACCAGGCCGUGGCUGUCAUCCUCAGCCUGGAGCAGCAAGUCCGAGAAAGGAAUCUGAACCCGAAAGCCGCAUGUCUGAAAAGAAGGGAGGAAGAGAAGGUGUCCUCGGAGCCUCCGCCGCUCUCCUUGGCCGGCCCGCACCCGGGAAUGGGAGAUGCAUCGAACCACAUGGGGCAGAUGUGAACGGGUCCAAGUUGCAACAUUGCUUCAUUAAAUCAAGAGACCACUUCUUUAACAGGUGUAUUAUCUUAAACCUACAUAAACACUUCUCCUUAACCCCCUUUUUUUUGUAAUAUAAGACAAGUCUGAGUAGUUAUGAAUCGCAGACGCAAGAGGUUUCAGCAUUCCCAAUUAUCAAAAAACAGAAAAACAAAAAAAAAAAAAAGAAAAAAGAAAGAAAGAAAAAGUGCAACUGGAGAGGCGACUUUCUUUAACAUAUCACUCAGAAUGUGCAAAGCAGGAUGUACAGGCUGAGACGCAGCCCAGAGACUGAGUGGCAAUCUUUCCACACUGUGGAACAAUGCAUUUGUGCCUAAACUUCUUUUGGAGAAAAAAAAAAUAUAAUUAAUUUGUAAGUCUGAAAAAAAAAUAUUUAAUUUAAAAAAAAAUUGUAAACUUGCAAUAAUGAAAAAAGUGUACUUCUGAAGACAACUCCAUGAACGUUUUUGUUGGUAUUCAAGUCAGCUAGUGUUUAUAAUUCCUGGAUACUGAAAUACAAGGGGGAGCUCAGCUACCCUAGCUACAAAACCAGCAAACGUCCUGAGAACAAAAUGAUGAUCUUAGCCAUUCCUUAGGGUAGGAGGAACAGAUGGAUCUUAUAGACCUAUGACAAAUAUAUAUAUAAAUAUAUAUAUAAAUAUAUAUUAAAAAUUUAGUGACUAUGGUAAGCUUUUGUUCAUUUGUUUCAGACUUUUUCCUCCUGUAAAAAAAUAGUACUGAUUAACUUUUUUAAAGAAAGAAUUUUACUGUAAAUAUGGAAUUUUUUUCCUUUUUUUUUUUUUUAAGUUUUUGGGGUUUUGUUUUUUGUUGGUUUUUUUUUUUUUGGUCUUAUUUCUGUCCCUAUUUCCUGGUUUGUUAUUGUAACCUGCAGUACCAACUCCGCUUCCAGAGUGGUAAUGCAGGGAGACUUGCCGACGCUGAUGUUGAUUCUCAUUCAUAAUAAAUAGAAAGUUGUUUCUCCAGUCUUUUUGGGAACACAGGACUUAAAAGUCACAUCGUGUAUAGAUAUUGCAGGCAGCAUCAUCAAGACGUGGCAAAGAGAGAGAGAGAGAAAGAGAGAGAGAGGAAGAGAGAGAGUUUGUCUGGCUUGGGCUGCUGCUCUUGUGACCCUAUUCUGGGAUUUUUCCAAGGUACAAGGUUAGAAUGCUACAAUGUUACCACUGUGCCUUCCAAUGUUUAUAUCAUCGGAAACAUAACAUAAUCAAAGUGGCUGUGAUUUAACAAAAAAAAAAAAAAAACAGAUUAAAGUGUUACCUACCUGUGUAGCCGAAGUAGUGUGCAGUGAGGCAUUUCUGAAUACAUGGUCAGAUUUUUGGAAAAAAACAAAAACUAAAAAAAAAAAAAACUAAAAAUAAAGAAAAAAAUAAAAUUCCCAAACUGUCAAUGAGAAAAUUGCAAGUAGUGUGACAGAGCUGAUUGAUUUUGUUGCUUUCUUGAUUUUUUUUCAAGCUGGGUUUUUUACUAAAGUGUAGGUGACUUACUUGCCUCCUCCUUAGUCUGAAAACAUUGCCAAUAUUCAACCAUCAUGCAGCACUAUGGCAAGCCUUAUGAAGUCCUAAAGCAUUAAGUUGCACCUUUUUUUUUGAGGAGGGGUUGUGUAGUAUUUCUCUGGCCAGUAUGAAUGAAGUUUAUACUUAUCAUAUUUGAUAGGAACAUAGAUGAAACUAUGGCACAGCAACUCAUCAGAUAGCUAGCUUUGAUGUCUGGGCACAAUUUCCACCAUAAAUCUUUAUAAUGAUUGACUUUGGUGUUUAAUGCAGUAAACAGAUAGUGCUCCUAGUUAAGUAUUUGUCAGCAUCCUUUUGUCUAUAACUUGUUUCUAUUUUUACAGCCACACAAUCUUGGCAUGUAUUAAGGAAAAAAAAAAAUCCCUGUUCAAGUAGUUUUUCCACCUAUCAGCACUGAGUAAAUGCCAUAACAUCGAAAUGGUCUAAGCGGUCCAUCUGUUCUCCUGUUUUACCAGUUAUAUAGUAAUGAAAUACAUUUGUAAAUUUUAUGCAACAAAACGGCGAACGUAUCAUUAUUUUGAAAUCGUGUAUGUAAAAGUUAUAUUUUUACAUGUAGACUCUUGUUAUUAUGUGUUUUAAUACAUUGUAUCCGUUUUUGUUUUUCUAAACUGUGUGGUUUUUAAAAAAAUGAAGUCUCAUUUAAAUGAAAUAGUGAACUACAAGAAUCUGAAUUUUAUGUUCAUUUCUGAGAAAAAAACAAUGUAAGAACAAAUAAGAUAGUUACCACGUGGUCAUCUUUUACAAACCCAGAAACAUUUUGUGUGUGUGUGUGUGUGUGUGUAUGCGUGCGUGUGCGUGUGUGUGCGCGCGUGUGCACGCGUGUGUUGAAAACUGUAAAUAUGUUCAGUAGUGAUAAAACUAAAAUGCUUUGAUUUGUUGAUAAGUUCCUAAAAUGUGGAGGUGGAUUUGAAACCGUAGGAGAAUAGCAGAAAUUCAGACUUCACAAAAAGUGAUUUGGGGGCUUUCCUGUGAAGUAUAUGAACAAAAGGGUCUCAAAGAAGAACGUAGAAGACAAUAAUGUAUCUCUCCCCUCCUCCCUGAAUAAUGGAAACCAUGUGUACUUGUUCCCUUGGUAUGUUAAAGAUUUCCUUGUAGUAGCAUAUUCUGCAUUCUUUUUGUAUAGUCUCCCAAGGUGGGUAUCCCUAGGAACAUUGUUAUAUAGGAAGCAGGUCUCCUCGGACAUUCAGGAUGCGUGUGUACAGAAGAAACGGUGUUUACUCUCAAGGGAACUGGAAUCACGCCUUGUUUGAUGUAAUGUUAAGAAUGGCACUUUUGAUAACUUAUUAUCAGAAAGGUGCUUGCUAGAGAUGAAUUAAAGAUGUGCAAACUGUAAACAAGACAAAACAAAACAAGCCAAUUGUAGUCAUUUGAUUUUUUUUUUUCAAAUUGGUGCUUUCUAUUUUGUUCUCACUCAAACAGUAACAGAUAAAGUUCUCCUUCGCCAGUUUUGAUGUAUUCAUUACUCAGUAAUGCAAUACCUGGAUUGUGGGAUUCCCUUUGGAAAGAAGUGGGGAAUACUUCCCGAACAGCCACCCAAAGUUGUUACUUGCUGCUUUUUGUUUGUUUGGUGGAGAAACAUGAUCUGCACCCAUCCAUUCUGAUUGGGUUGUAUCCCCAGUUUAUAAAGAGAGAGAGAAAGAGGAAGAAAGAAAGAAGAAAGGGAUUGUAGCCUUCUUGUGUUGUUUUUUUUUUUCUUGUUUGUUGUUUGUAAUUUUCAAACCCAGGUAAGAUAUUGGUAUCCUGCACUGGACUUUCAAGUGAAAUUUAGCAGAUGACAGCAUUGAAGUAUUAUACAAAACAUUUCAUAGAGGUCCGUGCUAUGCGAUGUAGAUAUUUAUAUACAGUGAUACUUAGGCUGGGGGUUGAUUUUAGAAACUUGGACUUUGAAAGCAACUCAGAACAAUUGAUCCACCUCCACAUUCAAAUAAUUUAUGAAUAUGCAGAAUAGGAAUCUAUUCAUCUAGGCAUUUUUUUAACCAUUUGUCUUCUGUGUAGCUGCAAGGAACACUAAUGUUUAUACAACUGUCAGUGCACCUAGUGUUGCAUCUGAUGCUGAUUCAGUCUUCCGAUUGCUUUUUGUUUUUCACUUCUUCCUAUCUCUUGAUUUGAAAAAGAUUUUUUUGUCGUUCUUAGUUUUUAUUUUGUUGAAGGGUUGGGGAGUGGGAGGGAAUAGGAGAGGGGCUUGGGGAGUGAAGAGAAUGUUCGUCUUUGCAUCCAACAGGCAGAAUAUGAUUUGUGUCCAAAACUAAACUUGAGUCAGGAAUGAAACCAUUUCAGCAUAAACAAGCACAAAAAUUUAGUCUGCUGGCUGACUGGAAGAAAAAAAAUCAAGAUGGAUAUGAGGAAUUCCAACACGAUGGGGCACCCAGGCCACAAGGCCUGUCUUCUUUAUUUUGCUUUGGUUUUGUUGGUUUUGGUUUAGAGACAUGCUCUUUCUAAUGGGACUAGAAGUGGAUUCACCUAUGUGCAGUGCUGGUUUUGCCAUACUCAUUUCAAGUAUUAUAGACAUAUGUAAUGGUGAAAAUAUAUGAACUGUGGCCUUUUUCAUUCUUGUUACUUGUGAUGCAAUUAAGUGAAGAUAAGAAAAAAAAAAGCAGAGAUUUACCAUGUAUCAGUGCCUGGCUUUUUGUUAUAAAGCUUUGUUUGUCUAGUGCUCUUUUUGCUAUAAAAAUAGACUGUAGUACACCCUAGUAGGAAAAAAAAACUAAAUUUAAAAAUAAAAAAAUAUAUUUGGCUUAUUUUUCACAGGAGCAAUCCUUUUAUACCAUGAAUAUUACAAAAAAAAAGUCAGAUUCUGAAUAUUUCUUCUUUGUAGAUUUUUGGAAUCAUUAUGAGUAAAGUUUGUUACUUUAUUUUACUAUUUAAAAGAUGUUAUUUUACCAUGUGUUACCAAGAUGAAACUGUAAGGUAGCUUUUUUGUUUUUUUGUUUUUGUUUUUUUUGUUUUUUGUUUUUUUAGUUGUAGGUCGCAGCGGGAAAUUUCUUCCGACUGUACACAUAGCUGCAGCAUUAAAAACUUAAAAAAAAUGUUAAAAAAGAAAAAAAGGGAAAACAUUUCAAAAAAAAAAAAGAUAAACAGUUACACCUUGUUUUCAAUGUGUGGCUGAGUGCCUCGAUUUUUUCCAUGUUUUUGGUGUAUUUCUGAUUUGUAGAAGUGUCCAAACAGGUUAUGUGCUGGAGUUCCUUCAAGACAAAAACAAACCCAGCUUGGUCUAGGCCAUUACCUGUUUCUCAUCUGUAGUUACUCGAUGAAGUCAUGUACAUGACCGUUCUGUAGCAAUAAAUGUGCCAUUUUUAUAAACUG